AUGGACAACGGCCAACAGGCAUACCUUGAUCGGGCUGAUGGAAAGGACAUCGGCAUCAUAGGGUUCGUGAGGAACAGCACCGUUGUCCUCGAGGCAGCAGACUUCGACAAGCUGUGGCGGUCAAUAGUGAUGCCGUACCUUCUGAAUCACAAUUCAAAAAACAAAGUCGACAAUGGAAUGCGACUUCGCAAAGCUGUCAAGGAAAAGAGGCUGGAAAAAUUUGAAAACGCGAUCAAGUUUCAUGAACACACAGAAGUGCUAUUGCCCGGCGUGUCAGAGCAAGCGAGAGCCACUUCCAACGUGUACACAGAGCAGUAUGCAGCGUUUGUCGCUUCGGAGAUUGUCAGCAGAGUCAUCAGCAGCAUAGCCACCGCCACGCUCCAGUUCUCAAGCACAGUCUGUAUCGUCUUCCACAUCAAACGAAUUAUCGCCGGAAUUGCCCACGACUACGACAUGUCUAGCGACCACGGCACCAGCAGCGAGUGA